UUUUGCUCUGCUGGUUGACUUGCUGUUGAGCUUGCACUCGCCUUCCUGUGGCCCGGGCUUGAGAACUUCUUUCUGAUUGCAGCUUGUCCAUGUGACUUGGCUUCCGUUGCCUGCCUGCUUCCGUGAAUCGUAAGAAGAGGCAUCAGUGUUUCAGUCAGAGCAGAGGAAGGCAGCCUAACACACGAGAACACACUCUCUGCAACAGCGAGUCAAGCAGCGAUAUGGUCAGGGGAUCAACCGUCAGUGGCUUGGGAAAUCCACACCUAACCACCAGUUAAGGAUGUUAAAAUGCCAGUCCACAGUCUCACUCCCAUCCUGCUUUGCUUGUUACCCAUGUGGAGAAUCCUGACGCCAGUCUCAAGUCAUCCACAACAUAGCCGAUGCCAGCUGAUACAAAGAACGGCUCUCUGCAACAAUGGAAGGCUUACCUCUGUGCCUACAGGACUGCCAGACAACAUUGAGGAGCUUCAGCUCAACUACAAUAACAUUCAAACACUACAGGACAACUCUCUCAGUUACCUCUCAUUAAACAGCCUGAGCUUAGCUUGUAAUUAUUUGGAGAAAUUAGAACCAAACAUUUUUCAAGACUCAAAAUUGUUAGAAAGCCUCAAUUUAGCAAAUAAUGAUCUUUAUAAGGGCUACUCAGAAACCAGCCACGCAUUAAAGACUCUACCCAGGCUUAGAGCUCUGGAUCUCUCUGAGAAUAAGCUUGAUGAUGAAAUGGCUGCCACUCUUCUCCAAAAUCUGACAUCCCUGGAGUAUCUCAAUCUUUCUGGAAACAUCUUGCAGAGACUGGAUGAGACCUCCUUCAGGGAUCUUCACCAACUCAAAGAACUCGACCUGCAGAGAAACCUCAUGUUCGAGAUAGAUGGCGCCUUCGACAGCAAUCCCAAGCUCCAGCGGCUCAAUUUAGCCUUCAACUCCCUGCCUUGCCUGAUGGACUUCCACAUGACCCAGCUGGUGGUCCUCAAUGCCAGCCACAACUUCAUUGAGUGGUUCAUCUCCAGACAAGACCUUGAUGAUACUUUCCAGUUGGAGACACUUGAUUUAUCAGACAACAAACUGCUUUUCUUUCCUUUCUUGCCCAACCAGAGCCACUUGCGGAACCUUUAUCUAUCCCACAACAGUGUGAGUUUUUAUGAACAUUUAGCAGGCAAUGCCACAUUUAUAAACUCAACAACAACUGUUGAGUUCUACAAUAUGAAGACCUACAAGAGCAAUGUGACGGCUCAGCUGUGGGACGAGGGCCUUCAUGGUGACAUCUCCUCUCUAGAGAUUUUAGAUCUAAGAGAAAACCAAGUGGAGUAUUUCCCUCAAGGAUUUAUCCAGAAAAUGCCCGCCCUGUCAAGACUUCAAAUGUGCGGAAACUGUCUGGAAACAUUAAAUCUGACGUCAGAACAGUUCUCUGGCAGCUUGUAUGAGUUGGACGUUAGCAACAACAGGCUGAACCAGAUUGUAGCAGAUGAAGGUACGCUGACUGCACUCAGCAAUCUGACGUACCUUAACCUGAGCCUGAAUGACUUCAAGAGGUUACCCUCGGGUUUAUUUCCCUCGUUGCCAAGCCUCAGGUCAGUGGAUCUCAGUUAUAACAACAUUGACAUUUGCCUUACUGAGGAGGCUGUGACCGGUACAGAUGCUAUGUCAGCUUGUGUGGAUUGGAAAAACAUUGCAUCCCUAAAGCAACUUCACCUUAAGGGAUGCAACAUUAAAAUAAUUCCAUCUUUGGCGUUUGCUGGGUUGUUUCUAACACACUUGGAACUGUCUGACAACCCUGGACUCAUUCUCCAAGAAUCAGUACAAAGUCUUAGCAGAACAUUGCAACAUCUAGGUUUAGGAAAGACUCACAUACAAGACUACGACUUCACCCAUUUCCAAAGUCUGAAGUCCUUAAACAUUUCAAGGAACUCUCUUGCCCAUAUUCCCCCUUCACUUGUAAAUCUUGACCUGAAAGUGCUCGACUUGAGGGACAACAGACUGUCCACUAUUCCUUCUGGUCAGGCAAACGCAUUGGCCUCAAAACUGCACACUGUCUUCCUCACAGGAAAUCCGUUCAACUGCUGCCAAACAGAAUGGUUCAGGACAUUUGAAACAACAAAGACAAUCAAUGUGGUCGGACAAUCAGACAUUGAAUGUCAGGAUCUCUUCCAAACGACACACAGAGUGGAGCACUUCCGAUCAUUUGUGUGUAUGGAGGAAGGUGGGGAAUCUAUAUUCUGGUACAUUCUGCUUUUUGUACCCAUCUGCCUUUUUUUUGUGGGCAUUUCGAUUAUUGUUCUCCUCACCUACAGGCCCAAAACGCUACAAAAAUCCAUCAAAAAGAAGUGUUUGAAGCCUACAUCUUACUGAUACUUUAUAAACCCUAAACAAAGCUGUAUUUUGUACAGCACAUUAUUGAGAAAUGUAACUGAAUGUAUGUUGGAAAUAAAUUCAAUUCAUUGUAAACCUG